AACAGACGAAACUCGAAACUUUUUUGAUAAUCGUAUCAGCAAAAAAAAAAUAAUGAUAACUGAGGUUGAGGUUCUUUCUGGAACUUUGGCGAUUUUUGUCUACAUGUGAUGACUUGUAAUUUUUUAUGGAAAUUUUGACGUAUCAUCAAAGUGGGGUGUUUUUGUACGAUCACUGAUGUAAUCUGUAUGAAUCAUAAUGAGCAAAUCACUUCAGUUUAAACUGUGAUCCCAACUUGUUGCGUUUUUGAUGUUGAGUAUUUCAGCUCGUAAAAGGUUUCAGUCGUAUUUAAUUUGAAUAGUUAUGGAAUAUCCUAAUUUAGGAGAACAUUGUUCGGUUGACACUUGCAAACGAUUGGAUUUCUUACCUGUAAAGUGCGAUGCUUGUAAAAAAAUAUUCUGCUCAAACCAUAUGACCUACACCAAACACAACUGCUCUUCAGCUUAUCAAAAAAAUGUCCAAGUACCAGUCUGUCCUUUAUGUAAUAAACCUGUACCAAUUCAAAGAGGAACGUUACCAGACAUAGCAGUGGGAAAUCAUAUCGAUAAUGAUUGUAAAUCUGAUCAGGCCCAAGAACGGAAAAAAGUUUUUACCAACAAAUGUUCUAUGAAAGGAUGUAAAAUAAAAGAGAUCGUGCCUGUAAUUUGUGCCGAAUGCGGUCAGAAUUUCUGUUUCAAGCACCGUCACACAGUUGAUCAUAGCUGUCUGGGAAGGAGGCAAAGAGUUUUAGACGCCGCCGUCCUUAGACAAAAGCAAAAUAAUAUUAGACGUUCACAAAACCCAACGUCCUUUGCUACUUCAGUACAGGGUAACUUGACUGAAGAUGAAGCUAUGGCUAGAGCUAUGCAAAUGUCUUUAGAAACCAGUCGAAACACAACGAACAAUUCACGUACUCAGCAACAAAACUGUCAUAUUUCGUAAUCGUAAGAUGUGCAAAUCUGUCGAUAAUUUUUUGCUGACGUCAUUCACGGAUCUUUUUUAAUGCGAUCAGUUGUGUAAAUUUAUCAUUCACUGCAGUGUUGUAUUUCGUGUAACUUUAUAAUUCAGUAAUCAUUCGAUUGUUUGUCCUAUAAUCCGCGCAAUAUCGUACCGAAAAAGGUAUAGAUGAUUCGAAAUGAGUAUGCUUUAAGAGGAAGGAUUGUUCGAAAAAAUAUCGAUUCUCCAAGCUAUACGUUGCGAUUUCUGCUCUACCAUGAAAAAUCCAAGGUUUUUCCUAGUUUUUCGUGACGAUUUGAUUAUGUACUCUAUUUGGGCGGAUUCUCAUGUGUUUUGCUGAACGGUUGGAGGGGAUUUUAAUGCAUUUGAAAAUGAAAUUUCCUUAAUUUGAAAGAACAUCUUCAAUGUUUCGUCUUUACUCUGGUGCACAGGAACAGGCACACACAUUAGGACGGAGAAUGUUCGAGUGAUUGCUGUAGGAUAUUUUCGUGUUCAAAACGCGUAGUGUUCAUUUUUUUCUGUUCUGUUUAUUCAUCAUGUGAUAUAAAAUUAUGUUAAUUGAAGAUUCCAUCACUGUUAUUGCGUGUCAUUCCAUUUAAUUGUUUUACUCGAAAUCAAUGUAUAUAAUAUUAUUAAAUUAAAUAAAUUGAAUUCGUCUCUCACGUAAAA